AUGGACGCCUACGCCAUCAAGUUUAAGAAGCUCCUAAGUCGAGUGGACCCAGAAGAAUCAUUACUCGCCCAAUAUAUCAUACGAAUGUUCUUAAGUGGAUUGAAAGAAAAAACAGCAACCUUUGUGGCAGUCACUUCUCCAGGAAACAUUAAUGAAGCAAUUGUGGCAGCAAGAAAGAUAGAAGCAGGCGAAUACUACGGUGUCUACACACCUGAAGCUACAGUAAUCUCUGAUAAAAAGGAUGAAAUAAUUGAAGCAUUAGUCAAGCAAGUGCAGCAACUAUCAGUUAACUACGUCAUAGCAAAUAACCAGCAAGAAAAGGAUACAUAUGAAAGAGAAAAAUAUAGAGAGAACCCUAAGCCCAGGAAAGAAAUCAUUU